CCGGCCCGCCCCUCGGGCGUCCCCAUUGGGCGAGCUCGUCGCCGCACAGCCCGCCGGGAACUUCCGUCAUCACCCCGGAAGCCUGCCGCGGCGGCGGCCCCGCUUCCGCCGUCGGCGGGGCGACAGGGCGGAGGCGUGCCCACGGACGGGACGAGCCUUCGGCCGGCACCCCGACGUUCCAUCCCCGCCAGCGACAGCCGGACUGCCCACAGGGCCUUGGGGCUCUGCCUGCGCUGCGGGCUAGCCCCCCAUUAAGGCCGGGCCCCGCGCUUGGUUCCAGCCUCGCGGCCUUCGCGGCCUAGAGCGGGGCUCCUGCCUGCGCACCGCCCGACGUGGGCACGUGCUCCUGGGAUGUGUGGGCCGCCCUCGGCCUCCCUGGCCUCUACUCGCCUCCAGGUUCCGGUUCCACCCCAGCUCCCCAGGGUCGAUUCAGUGCGAGGCCAUCUCUUCCUUCAUCCUUACCUCCUGCUGAGACAAGGCUGGACCGAUCCCCUGGGAAGUGGGCUUGCUGCUAGGCCGUCUGGGGACCAUCUAGAAGCCGCGGGCCACGCGUGUGUCCUGAGAGACGCCUCUGACUUCGACAGCCAGCCGGACGUCGCCGACUUCAUCCAGGCCGUGGGCGCGGAGGCGGCGCUGGCCCUCCACCUCUACCGAGGGGGCCGGCUUCUGCGAGGCCACGGAGUCCCUUUUGGAAUCAUCUUCGGUGGGACCGAUUUAAAUGAAGACGUGAACGACGGGGAAAAAAAUCAAGUGAUGGGCAGCGUCCUUCAAGAAGCCAGAUUUGCCGUCGCGUUCACGGAGUCGAUGAAGGAUGUGGCGUGCCUGCGGUGGCCGCAUGCUAAGGGUAAAAUCUAUGUGCAGAGUCAAGGGAUCGUGACGGCCCCAAAUGCCGCCUUUGACUGGAACACCUUCCUCCGGCGCGCAGAGAUUCGCCGGAGCGCUGACGAGGCGCGCGUGUUUCUCCUGGUCUGCGGGCUGAGACAGGUGAAAGACCCCCUGUACCUGGUGGAUGCGUUCUCAGCAUGGCAUCAAGAAGAACCCAGUGUGUACAUGGUGAUCGUGGGCCCCGAGGUCGAUCCCGUGUUCACCCGGGAAGUGAAGGCCGGAGUGAGGAGCUGUGGAUCCCUCCGCUCAGCCGACGCCUCUGGCGUAGUCUCCGCCGACGUACUGGUGCUUACCCGGCGCCGGUGGACAAAGGGGCCAGUUGAACUUGAGCGCUGCAGGGACCACCCGGGAUGGAGCGAGCUGCAAACGCCUCGGCGCGGGCCCCGGCACACCACGGCCUCACAGCGCACGCGUCAGCGUCCUGGUCAGCGCGAGCCACCGACACGUAAGCGGUAUUCGUGCCGCAGUCCUCCGAAGUUCAGCUCCACGCACACUUUAGUUGCUCGCUCCCACAUGUGUCGUGACGAUCGCCGAUGCCGGUCUUUACCGUACGAAACGGAAGUGGAGAACCAUGACCUGGAGCCUUCCGUGACCGCGAAACACCACCGAGAGGCCUCAACCAGGGGGGCCCGUCGCUGUUUCCGGGAGGUGGCCGUGCAGCUGGAGACGAGCAGGAAGCUGGUGGCUCUCGUCCACGCAUCAAGCCAGCUCUGCUUCACCCUGACAGCGGAAACAGAAGAGUCUCAGGGGGCAGAGAGGAGGUGGACAGCAUGGCGGAACCGUGUGGGCCGUGGGUGGCCGGAGCAGACGGCGAUGGAUCUGGAAGUUCCGGUCUUGGCCAGAAACAUCCCUGGGAACGCUGCCGUGGUGACCCACGAGGUGACGGGACUGCUGUUCUCUGACCCUCAGGAGUUCGUCCAGCUGGCAAAGAGACUGGUGAGUGAUCCCGCCUUAGAAAGAAGAAUCGUGGCCAACGGGAGGGAGUACGUGAGGACCUAUCACUCUUGGCAGGUGGAAAGAGCCACCUAUCAGCACCUCGUCAGGACACUCGGGGCCUCCGAGGACUGAGGGCGCCCGCCCGGUGCCCGCCACGCACCAGCCUCCGCCGCCAUCGGAUGCGCAGCCCUGGGCGAGGAGCUCCGGGGCCCGCGGGUCCAGCCCAGCCCAGGGAGCAGGCCAGCCUCGUGGGAGUCGCAGACGUGCGGGUCACAGGGCGGCUCACCCCAAACUCCGCACUUCCAGAUCAGCCGGAAUCGUGGCCACCAGAGCAGGGGAGGGGUAGCGGGUCUUAGGGAGAAUCGGGGAGAGAUCGGAUUAGCUGCUUUGGGACUUUCUUGGGCACAGCAGGGGCUUAUUCGAAGCCAUCACAGGGAGGCACCGUCCCCCGUCUCCUGAUGACCCGUGAGCCAGCAUCGUCUGUUCAGAACACAGAAACGCAGCGAACAGGUCCUGGUGGCGCGUUUCGCGUGGUCCGGACCCUCUGGCGAGUCUGGGUCCUGACGACACGCGAUGGGCCCCGGCGACACUGGGGCCCGGGCCGGUGCGGCCCUCCUCCCAGCUGAGUGGCGGGAGGGGAGCGGGCGCCCCCUGCAAAAGCAAGCAGAUCCCCUGUCAGCUCUGGCUGCUGCUCGGCCAGAUUCCAGUCGAAACUGAGUUGGCACGAGGGCCACGUCACCUGUGGCCUCACACCCUGCACGUGGCCCUGAGCUGGACCUGGGUCCCUGGGGUCACCACAUCCCUCCACCUCCUCCCAGCCCCAGGCGCCCAGGGCCGGCAGGCCGGGGUCUGAGUGACGUUACGCAGCAUCCAGCGAGUUCCGCCAAGGGCGGCCAUCUCCGUCGCGAUGCCCUGGCCACCCCGGCUCCGCGUCCCUGAGGACACGGGCUGCUCUUUCUUUCGGUGGCUGCUGCCUCUGUGGGAUCCUGAAAUCGUUGCAUUCCAGUGGACGUUCCGUGACGAUUAAGAGGGCGUGGGUGACGUGCUCCAUGGCACGUGUGACGGAGAAAGCAACGGGCAUGCAGGGGACAGGUGCAAAGCAGGCCCCAGGCCCGUCGCGGGAGCGUUUGGUGGCGUCUGCUCGGGGGGAGGGGCCUCCCCACCCUGGGAUGUUUUGCUUUACGAUCACCGUGCUUUUAAAGAAGCGGCCAAACCUACACCUUCCUUUUUUAAAAGAAUAAGCCUCAAAUUAAACUUCUUAACCUCUGGUGACACGGGAUGAGACCGGCACGUGUAGGCUCUGGGCCAUGUCACUGGACGCCACAAUCUCAGAGCGAGUCCCUCUCCGGAAGGGCCGUCGGCUGGGAACGAUGGGUGCUCCUCACUCCCGGGACAUGCGGUCCUGCUCACCCCAGUCCCCCCCCUGCUCGGCACGUGACGGGCACAAGCCCCCAGGGCCCCUGUCUGGGCACAGCGAGGGGAGGGCGGGACACACAGAGCCCAUGUUCGGGGCAGGCGGCUCGGUCUGAAUCUGGAAGGAGCGACGCCACCUCUGAAAGGCCCAGCGCUGUCUUGGUCCCGUCCGGUGACGCCGCUGGCCCCCGGAACCUCCACUCUGCCCGUCAUUAUCCGACGUGUUGACGCAAAUGCGCGCGAGGCCCCGUGCG